AUGGCAGCCGUCCUCGACCACGUCUUUGAGUUCGUCGGAAGAAACCUCGUUUCGAGCCGGAGUAAGACGAGAUUUUUCCAUGAGGGUUGGGGCGAUCUCGCCCACGCCAAGGCGGUCGCGUUACGAUCGCUCGAGUACUUCGAUUCGGUGGCUCUGAGCUCUGGUCAACUCGAGCGCGGUGACGUUCAAGACGCAUCACGGACGCGCUCGGGGAUAGAAAUCGACUGGGGCCGCGACGUCGACGCGGACGAUGGAUACGGCGUCGACGUCAUUCGACAAGACGCGUCGUUCGAGUCGCCGUUCGCGGAUAUGUUGCCCGCGGAGUCCCGUCGCGUGCUUUUCGCGCGCCUGCGACCGGGACGCGGCGGAGACGCGAGGAAAGAUGGAGCGCGACGAGUGGCCAUCUUGUUGCCGUGCACGGGAGACAUCGAUGAGUGGUAUCGACGGUCGAUCGCUCGGGAGUUGUUGGAGAGCGGGGUGGAGUGCGUGAUUCCGACCAUUGCGUAUUACGGCGCGCGGGCGCCGCGCGGGCAGUGGAGACACGUCAUACGAACCGUGAGCGAGGCGAAGAUUCAGCUGAGCGUGACCCCGGUAGAGAUGAUGGAGAUCGCGAGAGCAGUAAUGGAAGAAUCGGGACCCGGGACGGAGCUGUGCCUGGCUGGGGUGUCGCUGGGAGGGACGAUGAGCGCGCUCACGGCGUGCGCGCUCGCGCGAAACGCCGUCGACGCGGAUUCUACAUCGGUGUGCUGCAUCGCCGCCGCGAACGAUUGCACGCCGUACACAGACGGGAGUAUAGAAACUCGCUUGGCGUGGGACGUGUUGUGCGAGCAGCUGGCGACGAAGUCAGACGAGGCGGCGGCGGUCGAGGCGGCGGCGUGUUGGGGAGGACAUGAAAAAGGCGCGACGAAAGAGCAAGCUCGGGAGGCGUUUCUCGAGGCCAUGUCGGAGCUAAACAUGCAAGCGCUCGUAGUUGAAAAAUCAGUGCGAAGCGCGGUGUUCAUCACGGCGAAGAACGACCGUUUCGUCGGUAACACCACCGAGGCUAUCGCGGAGACGUUGCAGACGAUGGCCACCGACUCGAACGGGUACUGGCGCGAAGACUUCGACGGCGGACAUCUUCAGUUCAUCUUCGGAAGAAAGUCUGUCAUUGCACCAUCGAUAAAACGAGCGUUCGAGCUCAAUAGAAAGUAG